AUAUAAGCCUGCAGUGUGAUUUUGGUGUGUUGAUUUUCUUUUGUCAGCAAGGCCCCGUUCGAUCGAGGAUUGUGAGGCGUUACAGCUGCUUCACAGCAAAUAAACCACGCUAUCUGCGUUUGCAUAUCACCAUGGUGCUAUCGUCCAGUCAGGCAAUGAGGGCAUACACCCUACUUCUGGUGCUAGCAGUGUUGGCCGUCUCCUACAGCAGUGCAAUACCCAAACCUGAUGGAGACAAGAAGGACAGAACAAAAGAAAAGACUCUGAGUGAACAGGAGCAUGACGAUCAUGGUGAACACAAUAAUGACUAUGACCAUGAUGCAUUCCUUGGCAAGGACGAUGCCAAGACCUUUGACCAGCUCACUCCUGAAGAGAGCCAGGACAGACUUGGGUUGAUAGUUGACAAGAUUGACAAAGAUGGAAACGGUUUUGUCACAGAAGAGGAGUUAAAGGACUGGAUCCAAUAUGUCCAGAAGCGGUAUAUUAUCACCGAUACAGAUAGGAUGUGGAAGGACCAUGAGCCUGACUCGGAUGACAAGCUUCUGUGGACAUCUUACAAGAAGAGGACAUAUGGUUACCCUGAUGAACCAGAAGAAGGCUCACCCACCUACGAGUACCGAGACAUGAUUCAGAGGGACAGACGGCGCUGGGAGAAAGCAGACAAAGAUGGAGACAAUAAACUUUCCAAAGAGGAAUUCAUGGACUUUUUACACCCUGAAGAUGCUGAACAUAUGAGAGAGAUUGUUGUCCAUGAAACUUUGGAAGAUAUUGACAAAGAUAAAGAUGGAUUUAUCAGUAUUGAAGAAUAUAUCGCGGACAUUUGGGACGAUGAGGAUAACGAUGAUGAUGAGGAAGAUGACCACCAUGAUGGUGAACCCGAUUGGGUGGCAUCUGAACGCGAGCAGUUUUCCAGUUUCCGAGACAAAAACAAGGACGGUAAACUAGAUGAGGCUGAGAUUAAGGAAUGGAUUAUCCCUGAGGAUUAUGACCACAGUUCGGCUGAAGCCACUCACUUAAUGGAGUCUUCAGACACAGAUAAGGAUGGCAAACUCACAAAAGAGGAAAUUCUCGAAAAGUAUGAUCUGUUCGUUGGCAGUCAAGCCACAGACUUUGGGGAAGCUCUUACACGCCAUGAUGAGUUUUAAACACAGAUCAUUUAGGUGUUUCAGUUUGGAAAGAAUCCCUCCAGUUAAACAGAAUUACAACAGGAUUGUGUUACAAAGCCAAGUCUUAUCACAUGGAGAAGGGAUAACUGCUUCUGAAGUCUAAAGCAUUGUGAUA